UUGCUGUGGAAGACGUAACAUGUUUGGUGUUUGUUUCCUUCAAACCCCAAUUUGUGUUCAUCCUCGGGAAGGCCGUUGUCCCAUGAAAUACCAAGCGUGCGCCUUCCGCUCCAUAACUGGCGGUGUUUAUAUUUUCUAUGACUGGCGUAAUUGGAUUAGCGGUGCGGUUUUCCCCUCGAUGGUCAUCGUUCAUGGUCGGUUCCUGGCGGGGUGGAGGCCAACGCUGUUCCCCACAAAAGUUCUUACCCAGAAGUGUUAGUUGAGUUCGGAACGUUGCGCUCAAUAGUGGUGAAUUGUAGAAUUUGAGCUCCCGCGUCGUUGUGGCAAUGUGGCUGGAGAAUAACAAAAAUGGCCCUCAAUUAAUAUAUUUUUCGAGUUGCGUAAUGCAUUUUUCACCAUCCCGAGGCUAUUCCUCUCGUUGAAUGGACAUCACGCUGGUAGUAGUGGCUUAGAGCGCCAUCCGAAACCGAAUGAUUAAUGUAGAGUGCGGAUAUUCGCGAAAUACGAGUGAUACUGUGUUCAGCUUGGGAUUUUUCACGCUAGAAUUUGUUCUCGAUCGAUACUAAAGCAGUCGAGGCGUUGCAGAAAGGGUACAAGCUUACCAGCAGCAGUUUAAUUGAAUAAUCGCGCUCGGCCAGUCCAGGCGUCUUGUGGAAGUUGCUGGAGGAGAGCGAAAAAAAUGGACGGUAAAGGCGAAACUCUGGUCGAGGAAAACGAGAAAAUCGUUUCUGAAGAACCAUUCGAUCUGGACGAAUUGCUGCCGGCGAUAGGAGAGUUCGGGCGAUAUCAGAAACUGCUGCUGUGGCUGAUAUGUUUGCCAGCGUGCAUUCCGUGUGGCUUCUGUGCCUUCAAUCAGCUGUUCAUGACAGACGUUCCCGAAGAGUACUGGUGCAAAAUUCCCGAGCUGCAGAACUUCAGUGCGGCGGAAAGAAAACUGUACGGCAUACCAAUGGCUGAGCACGACGGAGAGUCAGGGUACAGUAAGUGCUACCGAUACGCAGUGGACUGGAAAGAGAUUCUAGCCAACAAUGAUCUGACGGCGGUUAUCCCUAACAACUCUUGGCCGGUUGAGCCCUGUCGCGAAGGUUGGGAAUAUAAUACCACCUAUGUGACGUCAUCGAUUGUGAUUGAUUUCAAUCUUGUCUGCGAAUAUGACAUCUAUCCCACAUUGGGACUUGUAGCAUUAAACACCGGUGGACCGGUCGGAGUGUACCUUUUCGGGAUGCUCAAUGAUCGUGCCGGCCGACGAAUAUCGUACUUCUCUUGCUUGGCCACUCUUUUGCUGGGAAGCUUCAUCACAGCCGCCAGCAAUAGCUUCGGGAUGUGGGCUUUCAGUCGAGUGAUAGUGGGGCUUACGAUCCCAGCCGUAUACCAGAUACCGUUCAUCAUAGCCCUCGAGUUGGUUGGGCCAAACUACCGGUCAUUUGUGACGGUCAUGACUUGUACCUUUUACACGGUUGGGUUGAUGAUGCUAGCCGGAGUGACCUACCUGGUUCGAGAUUGGGUAAAGCUCACAUUGUACACCUCGGUACCGUUUCUACUCUACUUCCUGUAUUUGCUCGUGAUGCCCGAAUCGCCCAGAUGGUUGCUGAUGAAGGGUAAGCUAGAAGAAGCAUUACAGAUUCUUGAGAAGAUGGCGAAAGUGAAUGGCAAGCAGUUUCCUGCUGCUUUCAAGAAUAAACUGCAGGAACGGGUCCUGGCCGAGAAGAGACGAACCGUGAAAAAGGAGGAAGUAUCGAUCGGAGCGUUUGAUCUCUGUCGAACGCCAAACAUGAGACUGAAAACAUUCCUUAUCACUUUGAAUUGGUUUGUAAAUGAGACUGUUUAUUUGGGAUUGAGUUAUUACGGACCGUCGCUCGGAGAGAAUCAGUAUCUGAGCUUCUUCCUGUCUUCACUGGUGGAGAUUCCUAGUUACAUAAUUUGUUGGAUCAUUAUGGAUCGAUUUGGCCGACGGUGGCCCAUGUGUAUGCUGAUGAUCUUGGGGGGUAUUAGUUGUGUUACCACUGUAGUUCUCCCCGAGGAUGCCGUUACAGAGACGCUGUUCCUCUACCUGCUAUCGAAGUCAAUGAUUUCGGCUUCUUUUCUUAUUAUUUAUCCUUUCGCGGGAGAAUUGUAUCCUACGCAGGUACGAGGUGUCGGGAUCGGGACCUCCAGUUACAUUGGAGGACUGGGAUUGAUUGUGAUUCCUUUCAUAACGUAUUUGGGCAAAGAAAACCUCGUCCUUCCGCUGGUGAUAAUGGGCUGCGUGUCGGUGGCCGGUGGAUUCACCGGCCUUCGUCUGCCGGAGACUCUGCACCACCGACUGCCCCAAACCCUGGAGGAGGGCGAGGAGUUCGGAAAGGAUUGGACCUUCGACGAUUGUUUCCGGUGUAGCUCACCGAAGCUGUCCCCAUCAGGCUCGUACGAGAACCUCUCCCACGAACCAUCCGACACGGCACUGGAACUGAACUCCGCCAUUCCGAUCAACGUCGAUUUGUACGAGACGCCAACCCCAUCCGAAACCGAGAAGACUCCACUGGAAUACGCCCGGAUACGGCGGCAGACGAUGAGACGCAUCGCGCGCCAGGCCAGCACCAUGGACACCCAGAAAACCGCCGACGGUGCGAUACAGUUGACCUACUGGUUCUAGGCGGCCUGUUCAGCGGGAGGGAGUGUGAAUUCGUGUGGAAAUGAAACGAGCUUGAAUGUUUUGAACAUGUUUUAACAAUAAAGAAAUACGUAUAUGUAUAUUUCGGUUUCUCUGAUUUUGCUAUAGUUAUAAUGUGCUUUGACAACAUUCACUUGUUAAAAUUAAAGUUUCUAUUUUCGCGUAACACUUUAAUAUUGUUCUGUGAAUAAAGAUUUGUUUUAGUUUAUAGUUUAUUUUAAGUUCACGCUUGGAUCGUUCCAAGUAAUGUUGGGUGUUCCUACGCUUCGGUAUCAAUGGAUUCGUGGAGUUUUACUCAACUUAGUAUCUUCUGCUUUUGUUUGGUUAACUAAAAUUGAAACUUAUUCUUUGCUUACGUCGCGAGAUGUGUUAUCUCUGCAUCGUGUGCGGAAGCAAGUUUUUGUUUUCUGCGAACAGUUCGGUAUAGGCAUUUUCAGGAUAUGUUUUCUGGACACUAUUAGGCUCACUAUAAAUCGAGUUCGAUAAUUGCUAUACUCUUGGGACAGUGGCUGCUGGAAAUCAACGAAUCUAAACAUAAAACUUUCUCAUCUAUUUUGUACUAACGAAUCGAAUUACUCUAUCUAAUAAAUUACUGGGUUUUGUUUUGUUGCAAAAGGAGUGAUUAAAUACUCUGUUUAUACAAGUAGUAGGAAAAAGAGAGAACAAACAAAAUCGUUGCCAAUUCUAGUGCUAACGGAUGGGUACACUGGAGUUUCACCGAUUGGUUUAAAAUAUGGUAUCAAAAACAAUCGAAUAUGUUUGAUGUCGAUUGUUUUAAAGCUGAUUCUGUAGUAAAGUCUUUUUAACGAAUUUCGUUAGGGACGGCGAUUGACGACAUGUUCCUGCCCACUUGUACAUAGGAUAAGCCAAUAGCAUGGGGGCAAGCUUGUCUUUUUCAUGUUUGUGUCUGUAUUCAUUAUAUUAGUCAAGUCUACCAGGGCAUCCGGAUGCUUGAAGACUUAAAAAUCGCUAGUCUAGAGAAGUUUUUAUCCGUCAAUCAAUUGGCCAUUCUGUGAUAAAUAAACCGAUUUGAGAAAUAUGAUUUCAGCACUAAGCAAGCGUCAAUUUGUUUCAAUAGUCAACCAGUGUAUAGCAUUCCAUAAAUCGAAAUUUAUGUAAGAACGGUUUACCUGUAAAUACCCGAUUGUAGAUUUGAUGAAAAUAAAUGAUUAAUU